CCACAAAGAUGAGCGACUCACUAGAGAGGACAACUGAUUGCCCCACUACCCUCGCUGGGGAGGACUCGAGCGGCACCGAGUACCGCUGGGAAGACGGAGGCCUGCCCCUGGCGUUGCAGAGAGGCAUGGAAGACUUGCGGGUCAACCUCCAGCUGACCGACGUGCUCGUGUGUGUCCAAGGACAGGACUUCCCUUGCCACAGGGCCGUCCUUGCUGCGGCCAGUCAAUACUUUAGAGCCAUGUUCUGCAGCGGACUGAAGGAAAGUCAUGAGAAAUUGGUGGAAAUAAAAGGCCUGGACAGCGAGGCAAUGCAGACGCUCCUUCAAUAUACUUACACCAGCCAGGCCGUCCUGACUCACGCUAAUGUACACAAAGUACUGGAAGCAGCCAGUCAAUUCCAGUUCCCCCGUGUGGUAGACGCAUGCGUCGGCUACCUGACCAGAUCCCUUCAACCCGAUACUUGCAUUGGCAUCCUUAACUUGGCAGAUCGACACGUCCUUCCUGCCCUGAAGAGCAAGGCCGUGGAGUACAUUGCGUCCCAGUUCUCCCAAGUGGUCCGACAUCAAGACUUCCUGGAAGUGUCGGCCGAGUCACUGGAGACCAUACUGCAGCGGGACGAUUUGGACACGAGGUACGAGGAGUUUGUUUUCGAGGCACUCAUGCGGUGGUUGAGAGCGGAGGUAGACGAACGCCGCUGCUAUCUGGCCGGGUUGCUAGCACACAUACGGCUGCCGUUGUUGGAACCAGCAUACUUUGUGGAAAAAGUGGAGGGUGAUGAACUGAUCCGUGGAUGCAGCGAGAGCUUUCCACUGCUGCAGGAGGUCCGCAGCUUUCACCUCUCCGGAAAGGAGGUAGUGUCCAAGCGAACCAAGCCGCGCCUACGCCACUUCCUAUCAGAGGUGUUCCUCAUCAUCGGAGGCUGCACCAAAGAUGAUGGCUUCAUUUCCACCGUCACCUGUUUGGACCCGCUCAGACGUAGCAGGUUGGAAGUUGCUCGGCUACCUGGCACCGGCAUGGAGGAGGAGGCCCAGAAAAGAAAAUGGGUGGAGUUUGCUUGCGCCACUUUUCGCAAUGAGCUGUAUAUAUCUGGAGGUAAAGAGACCCAGAGAGAUGUUUGGAAAUACAACGGAGCUCUUGACAAGUGGAUACGGAUCGAGCCUCUGAUAACAGGCCGCUGGCGGCAUAAGAUGGCCAUCCAAGGUGGGAGGGUGUACGCACUGGGAGGGUUCGAUGGCGUGCGUCGGCUCGAUUCCGUAGAGGCUUACGACCCUUUUCACAACCGCUGGACGCAGGUGGCACCACUCGCCAUGGGCGUGAGCUCCUUUGCUGCUGCGAGCUUUGACAAAUGGAUUUACGUGAUUGGCGGAGGUCCGGAUGGGAAGCUGGCGACCGAUUUAGUUCAAUGCUGGGAACCCGGGACGGAUUUUUGGGAGCUGCGUGCGCCGAUUCCAAUCGAAACCAAAUGCAUCAAUGCUGUCUGCUUCAAGAACUGCAUAUAUGUAGUUGGUGGCGCCAUGCACACCUUGUAUUGCUACUCUCCUCUGUCAGACUCGUGGUCUGAGGUGACCCGUCUAGGAGAAAGAGCAAGCUGUGCCAUCGCCGCCUGCAGCAACAAACUCUUCAUCACAGGAGGGCGUGAUAACAAGAAUCACGUCAUCUCUGAGGUUAUGUGUUGGGAUGUAGAGAAAGGUGAACUGACAGAGGAAUGCGCCCUACCCAUGGGUGUCUCACACCAUGGCACUGUAACAUUGUUGAAGUCGUACAUGCACAAGCACAGAGCGGUACCUGCGUCUGACUGCCAAACCAUUUGAAAAGAAUGCUUCCGUGUGCCUGCUGACAGGCUAAAUAAUGCAGAUUUAAACAGACUCACUAGCCAAGGAGUAGUCUUUCACUAUCUCAAAAUGUACAAAAAUCUUAUAGCGUCAAUAGAACGCAAUGUAAUGUAAUGUUUUAUUUUUUUCACAUCGUGGUUCAAUAAAAUGAUGGAUCGAAUUGAGCUAUACAAUAUUUCACCUAGCACUAGUUCAAAAGUGGAUGGCAGAAUUGCUGAUCUGAAAUCUUGACUCAUGGGUGAUUGCCAGGCCCGGAGUGACUAAUCGGGAGCUUCUGGACGAUUCCAGAAGGGCCGGCCGGCCAGAUGGGCCGGUCCGCGUUUUAUUUAAAAAAAAAAAAAAAAAUUACACUGUUAUCAUUUUUUGUUUGGUAUUUAUUUAUGACAGUGUCACUGAGUAUAACUUACAUUCUGUUACCGCUGUCCCUGUGGGCCGUCUUGAAAAAAAAAAAAACAGUAUUAUUUUUUUUUUCCAGACUCAUCCUCACGUGUGCAGACGAAAAAUACAGCAUGCAGCUCCGCCCCCUAAUUGUAGUCUGUAUUGAGCCAAAUUAGCUGCUAUCUCGGUGCUCGGAUGGAUAAAAAGAGCAAGGGUGGCGCUGAAAAAUAAGAAUUAAAAAGAGAAAAGCACUCGUGAAAGAAUCGGCAAAAUGCGCGAAAAUAGCUAAUUUUUUUCAUGCAACGACCUUGCUGCCUCAAACUACAGAGGAUUACAACGAAAGUGGUAAGGCCAGAUGGCGAAUAAAAUGCAACCUGCACCGUGUGAUACGACAAUAUGUAAUUGUGGAAACUUUGGCUUCUUGUAGCACCUCACAAGGGAUAUGUAGCAGCAAGCAUUAGCCAUAAUGAACACACCACAGGUGCAGAGCUGGAAGGUAGGAUUGCCAUGUCGUUC